UCUGUCAAAUCGGCACAGAGGAAAAACAAAACAUCCCAAUUCCACUCGCUCUAGCUGCGUGAUUUCGUGUUUUCACCCUGGUUUUUUGUUGGCCAUAAUGGCCCGUAGCCGUAGAUUUUAUCGAACAAACAACGCGUCCGAUUUGGUGGUGGCGUGGUGCAGCUAAACAGCGUCAACUUUCCCCUCCCCGUACGGGUGCGAGCAGAAGAGAUUCCGAAAACCCACUCCAGGACAAGCCCAUACGCACAUCUGUCGUGUCGCACAAAAGAGGGCAAGAGGGAAAACAGCGAUAGAUGGCCUUUAUUUGUUGGUUGCCGCUGCGGUAACCGAUUAUUGCGCCGUUACUUUGCCAAGCCGCUGCAUCCAUUCUUCCAACGCACAAACGUGACUGUAAGCCUUGGAGUAGCUGGGGAGGAGGAGUAGGUACACAGGAGCAAAGCAAAACAAAACCACAAAACGCACACAUCCAACACCUUCCGGCGGACGAUGCGAUGGAUCGGGUGAAGCUGUGCGAUCAGAUACUGCUGCAGAAGCUGCACCUGCUGAGCAAUGAGGUGCUGCGCACGAACCGGGGCAUUACCGAGCGGGACAUGGAGGAAGCGUUCAAGCAAUCGAUCGGGUACCGGGCGCCCCGGUUCUUCCCGCAGAACGAUGGCAUCCUGGCGAUCGUGUACAGUGCCAUAUUUGUGGUGGUGCUCUUCAUCAUCACCCCGUUUCUGGCCGGGUUUCUCGAGCUGGCGCUCGGGAUGCGCUGCAUCGUGCCAAAUAACUACCUGAUCUGGGAGGCGACCCGGCCCGUCUCGAACUGCGACUUCUGCCGGGGGGUGGACCGGCCGAUCAUACUGCAAAACCUGACGCGCGAAGAGUUCCACCCGUACGCGUACUCGUCCCGGCCGAUCAUCAUCAAGCGGGCGGUGUCGCACUGGCCGGCGGUACGGGCGCUGAACUACACCUUCCUGAAGGAUCUGUACCUGAAGCAUCCGGCCGCGCUGGACAGCCUGCACGAGGACUGCCAGUUUCUGCACUUCAAGUCGAACUUCCAGACGCUGCGCGACGUCUUCCGGAUGUCGGACGAGCGGGCCGAGUUUCGGGCCGGCCAGCAGCCGUGGUACGUCGGGUGGAGCAACUGCAAUCCGGCCGUGCUGGCCGAGCUGCGCAAGCUCUACCCGAAGCCUCACUUUCUGCCGGACGAUGCCGAAAUGCCCAACACGGACUUUGUCUUUCUCGGCUACGAGCAGGGCGCUGUAAUGCAUAUCGAUUACAUCCCCCGGCUAAUGUGGCAGGCGCAGCUGCGGGGCAACAAGAGCUGGAUUCUGGCCCCGACGCCCGAAUGUGAUGCGGAGUGUCGCAGCUUCAGCUUCUACGUCGAGCCGGGCGACGCACUGCUCGUGGACACGCGGCUCUGGUACCACGGCACGUUCAUCCACUCCAAGGGAGAGUUUUCCCUCACCAUACAGUCGGAGUACGGAUAAAGGGAGAGAGAGAGAGUGUGUGUGUGUGUGUGUCUGUGGUCGUAAAAAAGACGGACUCGCUCAAAGGAGUCCCAAAACAUAACAGCAAACGCCAAUUAGUAUGAUAAAGAUUUCCGCAAUUUACACACACUCCACCCUCCCCCGCCCACACCUUCUCCCGUUCCACGUUGCGGUCGUUGAACGAUCGUGCCAAGGGGGGAAUAAUAGGAGGGGAAGGUGGAGCUGUUCCAGUGUUUCCCGUAUUAUGCGCCAGUGCUUUAGUUUUAUUUCAAAGAUUUCAGUUCGCACGCGCGCGCGCGUUUGUGUGUGUUUUAAAAAUGUAUUUUCGUUGCACCAAAUUGCGUUCACUUUUGUUUUGAAGUGCCAUUUUAACAUAUAUUUAUUGUGUACAGUCUAGUUUCAUUUACACCGUGUGUCGUGCGCGCAGCAUUUGUUUCGUGUAUGGUGUUCGUUUAGUUUGCUUUAUUUUUACUAAUGAAAGUGUUUAGCGUGUGAUUUUCAUUGAUAUUUCACUGUAUUUUACUCCUGUGUUUAAAAGCAUUUAAAGGUCCUUUUUGUACGUUUUUUGACUGCUGAAAUCUCCCAGUAGCGCUGUAAGUGUGUGUAUAUAAGUAACGGACAACAUCAUGCUUCUGAUAGUCAUUGACGAGGAUUGUGUUUUAGAGACUGUUUGAAACGCGCAAGAAGAAAGCGAGGAAAAGUUGAAACGAGGAAAAGCGCAUUAUUUACAAGCAAAGAAGAAAAAAACCCCUGUUCCGAGAGCAAUAAAUCUGUACGUAGAGUAAAGGAUGCAGUAGUUAGUAUUACGGCAAAACCAUACUGUGUCAAAGCAAA